AUGUAUUCAUUUCUAUCGAACUCCGCCACUGCCGGUCCCAAGCCCGGGGUCCCACUUUUAGGGGGAAAGGAGGAGGGUUUGCGAAGGGCCAACAACCCUUCCAGUAAAACUGUCAACGUUAUGGAAACUCAGAAUGAGCCUCAGAUUGGACAGGAUUUAAGGAUUAAAAAACGGAAACAAACUGGCUUUGGAAAACGGAAAAAUGAUUUAAGACUAUUUACAUGGAAUGUGCAUACCCUAUUCAGAAACAGAGCACUGCAGCAGUUUACAGACAGAUUAACAGCCUACAAAGCAGACAUAGCUGCAAUCCAAGAAGUAAGAUGGACAGGAGACGGUGUUAUACACAAAAGAAACGCAGACUUCUACUACAGCUGCCACAAGACUAAACACUGUUUUGGUGUGGGCUUCCUAGUUAUGAAGCAUAUCAGGCAGUUAGUGAUUGAUUUCAAGGCAGUAAAUGAACGAAUCGGAGUGUUACGAGUUAGAGGAAGGUUUUUCAAUCUAUCAAUAAUCAACUGCCAUGCACCUACUGAAGAAAAGCCUGAUGAAGAGAAGGAUACAUUUUACGGAGAUCUUGAGAGAGCAUAUAAUGCAUGCCCAAAACAUGACAUUAAAGUUCUAAUGGGAGAUAUGAAUGCUAAAAUAGGACGGGAAGAAAUCUACAAACAGCAAGCGGGCUCUCACAGCCUACAUAAUGAAUCCAAUCUGAACGGAAUAAGACUUAUCAACUUCGCUGCAUCUAAAGGAAUGGUGAUAAGCAGCACAUCCUUUCCCAGGAAAAAUAUCCAUAAGGAAACAUGGGUCUCCCCGGAUAUGGCUACAUAUUAUAAUCAAAUUGAUCAUGUGAUGAUAGAUGGCCGGCAUCGUUCUAAUGUUAUGGCUGUAAGGACCUUUAGCGGAGCAAAUAUAGAUUCGGACCACUACCUUGUUGGAGCCACGCUACGAGCACAGAUCUCCAAAGUUAAAAAUAUAGAGGGAGCCAAACGCAAGAAGUUCAAUGUUGGUGCCUUGAAAGAGGACUCUUCUCAGAAAUUCAAAGACUGUGUCCGGGAUAAUCUGCAAGUUGAAGAGGAUGAAGAUCCAUCUGGGAUGUGGAGAAGCCUAAGGGAUGAACUGGAAAGGAUUGCAGAAGAUGUUAUAGGAGUGGAAAGGCAAGAACAGACCAAAACAUGGUUUGACUACGAAUGCCAAGAGGCAACAAAGAAAAAGAACACAGCCCAUAUGAAGAUGCAGCAGAGUCGAGGGACAAGGAGUACAGCCGAACAGUAUAGAGCUAUGAGAAGAGCUGGAAAGAGGAUACAUAAGAAAAAGAAGAAAGAAUGGUAG